AGAGAGAGUGAGAGCGAGCGAGCAAACAAACGGGCACGCCGCUGAGGAAGCAGAGGUUGUCACGUCGUCCGUCCGGCGCUGAGGGGCCAACGCGGCCUGGACGCAUUGGUCUCGAGGGAGCGAGGGCAUGCGCUCGACCUGGAGCCUCGUCACGGAGAAAGUGUAGGCUAAGCGAGCCUACAAACAAUUAUUAGGAGAGGGCUGUUUAAUAGCACAGAGCUGUGGCUUGCUACGAUAUAUCUUCAAAAGGAGACAAAAUGCCUGCGGUGAGCGUUUGCGACUCGCUGUCUGUGGCUAUACGUCACAACUUGGAUACUGCUGGACAGUCCAAAUCCACUGAUGACCUAAACAUAAGCCUAGCGACCAAUGCCUCUCGUAUACUGCAAACGGAGCUCGACUACGAAGAGACCGAUAACUUCAGGUCAACCGUUCAGGAUCGCCUCAAAAGCAAGUACAUGGUUUUGAGUUUGCCUAAGCAAGACAAUUCUGAUAAUGGAAAAAAUAAGGACGGAGCUAGUAGUUCAAAGACUUUUGAAAAGAAUAAAGAACCAAGGUUACCGGAGCCAGUUGUCACACUGUACUCCGCCGACAAGGUGAACCUUGGCUGGAACGAAAACUUUCCCAUUGGUGCUGGCAUGUACAAUGUCGGAAACACUUGUUAUUUGAACAGCACUCUGCAGGCACUCUUUCACGUUCCAGCAUUAGUGAAUUGGCUGCUGUCCGAUACGCAUCAUGAUUCAAAGUGCGAGCAGAAUGUUAGAGAUCGUUUCUUUUUAGAUGGAGCUGGUGAGUGCCUUACAUGUGCGGUAGCUAAGACUCUAGAGUUUAGUCACCAAAAGUCUGGUGACUCGAUCAAACCCUUUCACGUUUACAAUAAACUUAAACUUAUUUGCAGAACAAUGGUGCCAGGUCAGCAAGAGGAUGCCCAUGAAUUUUUACGUUACCUUUUAGAAGGCAUGGAAAAAGCAUAUUUGACGCGGCACAAGGCAAUGAAGUUAGAUAAUUAUUCAAAAGAGACUACUCCUAUUAAUCAAAUUUUUGGUGGAUACAUUAGAACGGAGGUCAAGUGCCUACAGUGUCGGCACGUCUCAACAACUUUUCAACAUUUCCAGGAUUUGUUAUUGGACAUUCGGAAAGCAGGCACGCUGGACGAAGCUUUAGCCGGAUACUUUAGUCAAGAGCAGCUGGACAAUAACGAUUACAAGUGCGAGGCGUGCAAGCGACGAGUUCCGGCCACGAAGCAAUUCAUCCUCGAAAGACCACCCAAAGUUCUCUGCGUACAAUUGAAGCGCUUCAGCGUUUUGGGAGGGAAGAUUUCGCGACACAUAGGUUUCAAGCAAACGAUCGACAUGGGCCCCUACAUAAGACGCCAGCACGGCGAGCCACCGAGUAAAUUAAUCUAUAGACUCGCCUCCAUGGUCACUCAUAUGGGCCCGUCGGUCAAUUGCGGACAUUACACUGCCAUAGCACAAGUGUCGUCGGGGAAGUUUUAUUCCUUCGAUGAUUCUUGCGUCCGUCAAAUAAGUCUGAGUAACGUGGUGAGCACCAACGCCUACAUAAUGAUCUUCGAGAUGGAGUCGACCUCGUCGACAAACUGCCAAUCCCAGGGUAGUCAGCUAGUGAGCUCUAAGAGCGACAAUUCGCUAUCCAGGGCCGUUCUGACCUUUCCCCACUUGAACGGUCUGUCCAACAAAUUGCUAGACAGCAACGGCAGCAAGCCGUCCACGCCGCCUAGCAAAAACGGCGAGAACAGCUCGUCCAAGUCGAGCGACCGAGAGGAUGAAUCCGUAUCGCCGACGCCACCUCCACCGCCACCCCCACCCCUGCCACCGUUGCUUGCGCCGAAUAUUGCAAGGCGCAAUUUCAUCGGACCCCAACUACCACCACACAUGGCCGAGAAAAAUAGACUGUACGAGAUGUCGAAAAGCGGGAAGUUAGUGGAUUACGAUGGUGACUCGAGCGACGAUGACGAGAACGCAAAGUUAUCCCGCGACGAUCGAGAUGCCUUAAAAUGCGUAAACAACUCACCCUCCUCGUCCAAGUCCAUUAAAAUGAACGGGAGCGUGUACUCGUUCUCUUCCCAGACGUCGAGGUCACCCUCGGGACGCAACGGCAACGUUCAUCACUCAAUGUCCAAUGGCCUUGAGGCCAACAACGGCGGCGGUGAGAACGCCAGCAGCAGCAGCAGCAGCAGUAGCAGCAGUAGCAGCAGCAGCAGCAACGACUCGUCGUCGAGGGGCUCGUCGCCCAAAAAUGGCGCCACCAAUGGCAAAAUGGAGCACAACAAUGGCUCGUCGUUAAUGGAUAAAACAAAGGAAAAGUGGCGCUAUUCGAAGGCGCGAUUAGAGUCGACGGAACAGAAGGUCUACACCAAGGCAACCCCCAUAAUUAAUAAUAAGGGAUGGCUUGUGUGCAAGGAUAGUUCGUCGCCCUCGUCUACCACCGCGGCAAAUGGAUGGUCAGUCUCCGACACGUUGUCGGACGAGUCAAAUAGUAAUAGCAAUAGAUCUAAUAUCCAUUCCGUAACUCCGAGUGCAGCCGAAAUAAGAAGCUUUAAUGGAACAAAUCGAUCGGACACUCUAUCUCACUUACAAAAAUCUUCCCAAUGGGCCUACGGCAACAUGAAUGUUCACAAUUGGAAUGGUGGAAAGGCACGCUUGGAUCGUGAGGUGGAGAAUCAGCGUCGUCAGGAACGUAAGCGUUCCUUCGAUAAUGACGAGGAUAAGCUCGAUCGCGGUCGCACAAAGAAGAUGAGGAUUCAUCACGACAACGAUUACAAAAACCGUAACGACUCCAAACACAAUCAAUUUCAACAGCACCAGAAUUCCAUGAAAUGGGCCCACGGAAACAAUCAGUGUCGACCUAACAACUCCCACAUGUAUGGUCGAUCCCGGCACGGAGGCGGUGGUAAUUAUAAUAGGCCGCCUUAUAAUCGCUACCAUCACAACAAAUCAAGGAACCAUUGGCGCAGGUAGGAGACACGCUGAUAACGUGAGUCUCGCGGGGUGGCGUUAUCCUUUUUAGUUUAGUUUCGCAGCAUUCGACGGCGGCGAAAACGCGAUAGGCUAGCUUUACAAUUAUAAGGAGUUAGAAAAGGUUAAGAUAAUAAACUAUGAUGAAUAUAUGUAAUGCGAGACAUGUGUGCGGCUUGGUCCAUGGGGUUUCAGUGCGUUGAAGAUGAAUGAAAACUCAGCUUUUAAAAAAGUCCCUUCGACGUUUUGCGGCGUACUUUAUCAAUAUUAUUAUUAAUUAUGGCCAAGUAAAUAUCGCCUAGGAUUUUAAUACAAAUUGUCAAUUUAAUUCUCUCUUACGGAUUAUUUAAAGUUUCGUAAAAUGGCCAGCGAUUAUUCCAUAGAUGAUAAAAAUCGAAGCACUGACAAAGUUAGAUCUCAGUUCUUUAGUAUUGGCGAAUUUGUUGAAUUUGAGAGAAAUCAGUCCUCUUGAAGUAUAACCCUUGAGUGGUUCGAUUAAAUUUACCAACAACAU